GUGACUCGCAACAUGGAGGCGCCGCGCGUCUCGCUCUGAGGAAGCCUCCCAGAGCGGCGGGCGAGGAGGAGGAGGAGGAACGCAGCGCGGGGAGACGGAGAGAGGCAGGGCGAAGGGGGAGAGAUUCCACUCCUCGACAGCGCAAUAAGGGACACGAGGUGUGGGGGGGGGCUGUUCUAGCGCCUCUGAAGACCCGCAGCUCGGCUGCAGGCGGGAGCUGCGGUUUCGCGUCGCGCCGUUGCCAGUUACUUGGGGAAAAUGCUGGUGCCCAUCUUCACACUGAAACUUGGUCAUAAGAUCAACCCGCGCAUGGUGACGCUGGGAUGCUACGAUGGGAAGCACCCGUGCCUCACUGCUGCCACCCAAGCUGGAAAGGUAUUCAUUCACAACCCUCACACGCGGAGUGUGGUGAGCGGUCCCCGUGCCAGCCAGGUGAGCUCCGAGUCAGACAUCACGCUGCUGAACGUGAACCAGGCGGUGAGCUGUGUGGCCGCGGGCCGCCUCGACCCCAGCCUCUCGUGGGAUGUCUUGGCCGUGGGCACCCACAGCAGCCUCCUGGCCUACGAUGUGCACAACAACUCUGACCUCUUCUAUAAAGAUGUGGCAGAUGGAGCAAAUGCUGUGGUGAUUGGAGAACUCGGCUCCAUUGCAGCUCCUAUGGUCAUCAUUGGGGGCACUUGUGCCAUUCAGGGUUUCGACUGCAAAGGAACAGAUCUCUUCUGGACAGUUACUGGAGAUAACGUACGAUCACUCGCGCUGUGUGACUUCAGUGGUGAUGGAAAAAAUGAGCUUUUGGUGGGCUCAGAAGAUUUUGACAUCCGAGUGUUUAAAGAUGAUGAAAUAGUGGCUGAAAUGACUGAAACAGAGACAAUUACAUCUUUGUGUCACCUGCAAGGCAGUCGAUUUGGAUACUCGCUGGCUAACGGGACAGUAGGUGUCUACGAUAGAACGACUAGAUACUGGAGAAUUAAGUCAAAAAAUCAGCCCGUCAGUAUCCAUGCCUUUGACUUGGACUUGGAUGGAGUUAACGAGCUCAUCACCGGAUGGUCCAAUGGAAAGAUUGAUGCUCGCAGUGACAGGACUGGAGAGGUGGUCUUCAAGGAUAAUUUCUCGUCCUCGGUUGCUGGGAUUGUGGAAGGGGAUUACCGCAUGGAUGGCAAGACGCAGCUCAUUUGCUGUUCUGUUGACGGAGAAGUGCGUGGAUACCUCCCCUCGAGCCGCGAGGUGAGAGGCAGCCUCAUGGACUCCAACACCGAGCAGGACCUGCUGCGAGAGCUGAGUCAGCGUAAGCAGAAUCUGCUCCUGGAGCUCAAGAACUACAGCGAGAACUCAAAGGUUGGUCAGAAUGCGAAUGCAGGGGAUGUGGAGAGUCAGGCUGGGGCCAUCCCUGCCAACACCCAGCUGCAGACCUCGCUGACAGUCAACCCAGGCAGCAAGACGCUGCCACCACAUGUGGAGCUGGCCAUCUCCACCUCAAAUAACACAGUGAUCCGGGCAGUGCUUAUAUUUGCUGAAGGCAUCUUUGAGGGCGAGAGCCACGUAGUGCAUCCCAGCGUCAACAACCUCAGCAGCCACAUGCGGGUUCCCAUGAUCCCACCCAAGGAUGUGCCCGUGGACCUGCACAUCAAGGCUCUUGUUGGGCACAAGACCAGUAUGCAGUUCCACGUGUUUGAGCUGACCCGACAGCUACCUCGCUUCUCUAUGUACGCAAUGUGCAGUCCUGACAAGGUGCCUGACCCUCAGAGCUAUGUCAGCUUCUCUGUCAACGAUCGCAUACAGCGGGUUAUCCUGUGGCUGAAUCAGAAUUUCCUGCUAACGGAAGAGGUGAAUGCUGAGAGCAGCUUCCUGCACGUAGCGUUCGAGUCGCAGCGUGGGAAUGGUCCUCUCGUUAUCACCAUGAAGCCCAGUGGAGAGGUGUUGAUCUACACGGAUGAUAUGGACCUUGCAGGAGACAUCGUACAAUCACUCGUGGCUUUCCUGGCAAUAGAGGACCUGCAAGUAGAGGCACACUUCCCUGCUGAAAUGGAGGAGCUGAGACUCACCCUCAUCAAGGUGGACGAGUUUCACUCAGUGCACCAGAAGCUGACUGCAGAGAUGGCUGACCACUCGAACAUGGUGCGCAGCAUGCUUGUCAGUGCCGAGGAUUCUCGGCUCAUGGGCGACAUAAAAAAUAUGAAAAAAGGCUACACACAACUCUUUAAUUUAAACAAAGAUCUUAUAAAUGGUUACAAGAUUCGCUGCAACAAUCACAACGAGCUACUCGGCUGUUUACGGACAGUCAACCAAACUAUCCAGAAAGCUGGACGACUCCGAGCGGGAAAACCAAAGAUGUUGGUGAUAUCUGCCUGCCGUGAAGCUAUCAAAACGAACAAUGUGAAUGCAUUGUUUAAAAUAAUACGAGCGGGGACAGCCACCAGCUAGAGCCGCAGCACUGGCUUCUUCAAUGACAACCGAAUCGGCAAUAGCUUUAGCGUGAACAGAUACCACUAUUGACAGCACGUUUUACGAUUCAAACAUGGUAUAUCGUUAAUUUACAAUUAUUACUUUUAAACCUAUUCAGAUACGUUAUGGCAUUAUAUAGAGUAUUCUAAUGCAGGACUUUUAGAACUUGUUAUAUUUUCAGACAGAUUGACCUCUGAUUAACAAGGUUGGCUACGUAUGGUGGAAAAUAAGUUCAAAAUUCAUACAUAUUCACAGCCUGUCUUCACCCAUUCAAGGCCAUUUAUGUAAGUCCCUACCAAGUAGCCAAACUAGGUGACCAUGAUGCUGCAGAUAGUGGUGUUAAUUUAUUCAAAACUUAAUAUACAUCAAGCGCUCGUGUAUUUGAGACCGCAUGAGAGCAGCAUGCACCACUUCCUAUUUGAUGCUCUACGAUCUCGCUCAAUCUCAACUAUGAGGUGUGGACAUUGCAAUGCUGCCUUAUUGUGGGGAAAUGGUCAGAGCCCCAGUCGAUUCUCAGGGUUUAUGAAUAUCUACUUCAGCAUAAGUUCUAAAACAUUUUCCAGUUAAAAGUGCAGCUGCUAGGAAGGAUGCUUUUGAGCAUCAAAUGGACUUGCCAUGCCAAACAGACAUGGCCUGAUCAACAAGUUGCCAGCUUGUGCAGAUUACAACCCCCAGAAUAACGCAAUGUUCGCACUACAGUCACUGACUGCUCUGAAUGGUCUCACUUUUGUCCCCUCGCAUGGAUGGGUUUACUUCCACAUUGGCUGAGAAAAAACUUCAGACUGCACUGUGGUUCCUCGUCGCACCUCACUCCGAAUGAGCGUACGCCGUGGGGUGCAUUACAAGUUGAAAUUAUUACUUUCAAAGGCAGCAUCAUGGUCCAAACGUGUGAUGUGCCAGGGUCACAAUUAACUGUUGUAAAGGGGUUGUUGGCAUCAGACGUGUAUGGUCUUGUUCACUCGGGAGUUCAUUGAAGUUAUGGCACCAGCAAUUAAUUCAAAGAUAGUUUAAUGUUGUACAGUCAUUUUGAAACCGUAACGGUUGUGCUAUUUUUUUUAUAGAUCACCACAUAUAUGGCUCGUUGCAUUGUUGGAAACGUUUCUGUGACAGUGCAGGAACAAUAUUUUUUAUCCCUGAUGUAAUGUUAUUUUCUGGGGCAUUAGCAAUAUUGUAAUUACUGUUGUCAAGUCAAUUUUAUGUUUGCUUAAACACGUGGCACAUUUUCUGGCACAUCUGCCACCCAAAGCGCCAUGACAUUAAUACUCGUUAACAUAAAAAUAGACAUUCUAUGUGCAGUCAACAGAAUGUGUCAUGUUACAAAACUGAAAUUUGGAAGUUUUUUAGUUUACCCAACUGAAUGUAAUAAGCUUUUAUUUCAUUCGUGUUUAAGAACAUAUUGAAAAUAUUAAAUUAGCAGCAAACCCG